UUUGCUGGGUUUCAUAUACUGAAUGUUGAAAUCUUUCAGGUAUGUGACAAAGUUGAGCAACAAGUAUAUCUGAGGUAUCAUCCACUCUCUUUGCACUCACUUCAACAACAAAACCUUUGGUAACAAAAUCACUGCACUUGACGAGAAAAGUACAUAAUGGGAAUCGAAUUUGCCAUCAAAACUCUUUGCAGAAGCAUCAAAGCAGACGAAUUUGCACAAAAAAGAAGAAACUCAUUGGUUUCCAAGCAUGGUUCAUGUUGGUUUCAGCUCAAGUUCACUGGUAUGAUGCAAUGGGGCCAACGCCGCCAUGUUCGGUUCCUUGGUCGUCAUGAGGACAAAAAGCUUCAAUUUUUACGUGAAAAUCGUAAGGAAAAAGGUGUCAUUUUUGAACGAGGGGAUAGUAGGAAGAGGAAAAACAACGUUGAAGAUGAAAUGAAGGGUGUAAAGGUGGCUCCUUUUAGGGUAUCGGAUUCGGAGCCGAGGAUGACUCGUCGAUGUAAUCAACAAGGUGUGAGUAGUAGCAGUGUUGCUAAAAAGUCUAAGAAUGAAGUAGAUGACACCAAGAAGCAGCAACUUGUGCUUUAUGGGAAAAAGAAGGGGAAGAUAUUAAUUGAUAGAUGGUGUGCUAAGAGGUAUAAGUCGGCAGAGGAGAGUGUGUUGAAAGUUUUGAAGGAAAGAGAAGCUGUGUAUGGAAACCCAAUAAUGAGGUCAGACUUGAGAAAAGAAGCACGAAAGUAUAUUGGUGACACAGGUUUACUUGAUCAUUUGCUGAAGCACAUGGCUGGAAAAGUGGCACCAGGAGGGGUUGAAAGAUUCCGUCGGCGACAUAAUGCAGAAGGUUCAAUGGAAUAUUGGUUAGAGAGUGCUGAUCUUGUUGACAUUAGAAAGGAAUUGGGUGUCCAAGACACUUACUGGACUCCUCCCCCUGGAUGGAAGCCUGGAGAUGGCAUUUCACCAGAUCAUGUUAAUAGUAAUGAACUCAGAAUGAUAAGGAAUGAGAUAAUUAAGUUGAAAAGAGAGAUGCAGGAACUUGCAUCAAAAAAAGAAGAGGAAGCAUUGGCCAUUGUGGCUACUCCAACUUCUUGUUUGUCAAGUUUGAAUUGUGAGGACUAUGGUUCCCAGGUUUCUAAGCAGGAUAUUUAUGUGGACUUGGUUCAUAGAAAGGCUAAAAUUGAAGAACAACUAAAGGAAAUUUCUCUGGCUAUGAGUGUCAUAGAGGAUCAACUGGGAAUGCUGAAACCAGCAGUGAUAGAAGAACCAAUAAUGUCAGAAUCAUCAACACCACCAGCAUUAUUGCUUGGACCAGCAACAUUGGCACAAAACAUUGGAGAAGAGACAAGUGAGGAUGUGAAAGGUACUAAUGACAAAGAAACAAAAUCAGCAGACAAACAAAUGGUACUAAGCAGCAAAUCAGAGCUCAGGGCAGCAAAAAUAGAAAGAUUGAAAAGUGGUUUCAAAAUUUGCAAACCAAAAGGGACCUUUAUGUGGCCAAAUAUGAGUGUAUCUCCAAAUCUAUUGACCAACCUUGAUGAACACACUAUGGUCCCAACACCAACCUCAGCUUUCAAGCUUGUCACAAAAUCUCAUACUCAGAACUUGUCCUUACUUAAUCCUUCUUCUCCUAUUAUUAAGCCACUCGCUGCGAGGCGCACUGUGAGCACUGCUACUUUGACAUAUGUCACUGGACCCUUUUCCCCUCAUCUUUCUCCUCCACUAGAAACUUCAAGGUCCAAAAUCACUACCACCAUCACCAAGAGCAGUUCAUCCAUUAACCUUAAUGAGAGUCCUCUGGGCCGAGAGUAAUGCUGCUGGGAAAGUCCUGACACAUAAAUAUAUACUUAUAUAGUUAAUAUAUAUAUAUAUUUGAAAGAAACCCCACCAAUUUUGGUAAUAGUAGA